UCAGCAUCAGCAUCAUCAGAUGCGCGCAGAUCACGCCAAACAGCGCACUGGUUUACCAGCAGGUGUGUGUGACCGAAACACAAGAUAAUCGAUAUCUAUACAUCGCCACCUAUGUGUGUUCUUGAUAUCUGACUCGCAUUUCUUCGGAUCAGCGAUAGGACCGUUUUGAUGGUUUGAUUCCCAGCGGGCGUUAUCAGUCAGCGUGGCCGCGAAAAGGAGACGGAAUCAAGCGAGAUCAUAUUUAAUAUCCGCUUCUCCAGCGUCUGUGGAUGGGCUGCGGACAUCUGCAUCUGCAGUCUCUGUUUUUGAGUCACUAAGAAGAUGGCGGACAGGGCAGAGAUGUUUUCUCUCUCCACCUUCCACUCCCUCUCUCCUCCGGGAUGCAGGCCGGCUCAUGACAUCAGUCUGGAGGAGUUUGAUGAUGAAGAUCUGUCUGAAAUUACAGAUGACUGUGGCAUAGGCCUCAAUUAUGACUCUGACCCAUAUGAGAAGGACUGCUUAAUUUUGGAAAAGAAUGAUUUCCACCAUCCAGUGUGCUCAUUCCAAGAUGACUUCCAAGAGUUUGAGAUGAUUGAUGAUGAAGAUGAAGACGAUGAGGAUGAAGAAGAGGAAGCAGAUCCCGAUGCUCCUCCUUCACCAUCAGCAUCUCCUCCUCCAUCACCUACUCUGGGAACGCUCAAGAGCCGCCCGACCACUCUGAACCUGACUGCGCCAGUUUCACAGGACUCCCUGAACAACAACAGCAACGUGUCUCCACGGAAGUCAAGCUGGCAGGAUUCUCUUCGAAACUCAACUUCACAGGGAUGUUUGUCUCCAAACCACUCAUGCCUUGAGGAUGGUUCCCAUGUGACCGCCACGUGCCCAGGGGCUCCAGAGACCACCGGCUCUGCCAAAGGUACACCCUCAAACCCAUCAGGACAUUGUGGUCUCCAUCAGUCACCUGGGAGACCACUGCUGUACGACUUUGAGGGCAACAGGAGAGAGCGACCUGAGUAUGGCUCCUUUGGUCAACACAACUCAUCAAGUGGCUCUGAGGCAACUGAGGUGAAACCUGAUGUUGAGGAAUCAACUCUUAGCGAGCUUGUCCCCUCUGUGGAUGACUGCACCUCCCAGUGCUCUGACACUGAGGUUGACCAUGACUUAAAUGGCCAUGCCAAACGUCGACCUUGCCGCUCUCGACCCAAUGACACUUAUACAGUGACCACAGAGACCGCUGAUGACCCAGAGCUGGAAAACGAUGGCACCAGUAGAUGUCUUUCAUCAACAGCACCUCUUGGUAAUGAUGCUGAGACUCCUCUAUCGGAUGAGGAGCUGGACAAAGAGUUUGACAUUGACUUCAUGUGUAAGGAGAGCUAUGAUCAAACCUGCAAGGAUGCUGAGGGCUCUUCUUACAUUGAGUUCCCCUGCAUUGAACCGACUGAGUCCAUCUCUGUCUCCAGCUAUGUGUCAUCCAGUCGGUCAGAUGUCCUUGAUGCUAUGGAUGAACCUCGAAACAUGCAUCAGGGUCAAGCUGCUGCUGAAAAUGACACUUCUCCUUCUUCUGAUCCUGGUAUAGCUGACAUGAAUGCUAAACGCUAUGCAGAGUCAGACCGACACAGUGAUGACCUUAGCUCUCCUGGAUCAGACUCUGAUAUCGAAGGGGAACUUGAGGAAGCAUUUGCUUGUGGUGGUCCACUUGCUAGUAACAUGAUUUCCUCCAUCUCAGAGACAGAGCUAGACCUGACCAGUGAAUCCAGCAGUGGACGUUCCUCGCACCUCACCAAUUCCAUUGAAGAAGCCAGCUCUCCAACUUCAGACCAAGAACUGGACCAGGAGCUGGAUACUGAGCAGGACAGUGGUAUUGUAGGUCUAAAGGCAUCUCUUCUUCUGGGCCAGCCUGACCCAAUCAAACAAGACCCUUUACCAGGGUUGGAUCCCAGCUCAGACAUGUUACAACUAGAUGACGGGCAAGCUCUUAUGGGUCUGCAGAACGUAGAUGAUGAACAGGGAUAUGAGCACCAGGCUGAUCCGGAUGAGACUCUUCCCCCUGCCAUCCCCUGUGAGGAUAGCAGUUCUCAGCAGUUGUUGUUAAAGAUUGAGCCUGACCACAGUCUUGAAAGCUUCAAACGCUCCUUCUACUUGCCGGUUGGCCCCAAACUCAUGCCUUCUGUGGAUGACUAUGAUGGUAACAGCGAGGGAGACUCUGAAUCAGAGUCUGAGGAUGAGCUCAGUGAAAACUCUGACUCUCCUUGGCUUCUUAGUAACCUUGUCAACAGAAUGAUCUCAGAAGGCUCCUACCCAAUCAGCUGUCCUGAAGAGUGCUUCAAACGCUCAGCCUCCAUCUCUGACACCAUCUCACCCUCAUCUGAUCUGGAAACAGAUGCUUUCAAUGAGACCGAUGGUUGCAAUUUCCAAAAACAGAAGUCUGAAGAAAAGUCCCAGGAGGUGAAAUCUGAAAUGUCAGAGGCAAGAGUGGUGGAAGAGAAGGAAAGAGAAGUCAGUUGUGAAUCUGAAGAGGGUCAAAAAGAAAGCAAGAGAAGGGACUCUUGUCUGUAUAUGAGCAACCCCACAUAUGGUACUGUUACGCCUGUCUUCACUGAAAGAUUUGAAUCGAGGACAAAGAAUUAUGAAGCAGAGGAUUUCCCAUCCCAGAACUCACUGAAAAACAAGCAGAAAGAGGAAGAGGAAGAGCCUAACAAUGAUUUGAUGAUGGAGAGAAUGAAGGAGCUGGAUUCUCCCAGCUUGAGUGAGAGCAUAAUAAGUGACAAGGAUGAGGGACGGGAGACAAAGGUUGAUCCACUCACUUUGCAGCGAAUCACAGAAGUGAAAAACAGCCUUACUUUGGACCUUCCAACAGCACAGACCAAUCACUGUUUCAGUCUUACUUACUCUACGGAUAACGAUGAAGAUGAGCAAGAUACCUCUCCUUUUCUGGAUGAUCUUCACAAGAUACCUUCACCUUAUGGAAAUGAGACUUACUUGGAUAGUUCUCCACCUAUUGAUGAGAGUGUGCGAGAGUUGAGGAACGGAACCUCUGACCGACCCAUUGAUGACUCCUUGGCAUAUGAUUCAAUGAAGUACACCCUUGUGGUGGAUGAAAAUACGACACUGGAGCUGGUGAGUCUUAAGCGCUGCACCUCUGUUCUCAGUGAUGACAGUGAUGGACUCUCUACUAUCUGUGAUGAAGACGUGGCUGAUGAAGAUGAUGACAUUUAUGGGCGGGGCCAGAUGGUACGAGGCAUGAGACCUAAUUUGCUAUUAAGCUCCUCUGAAGAAGACUCCUCCCCUGAGGCAGAUUUGCCUUUCUCAAAGAAGUUUCUCAAUGUGUUUGUCAAUGGCACAUCACGGUCCUCCAGCACAGAGUCCUUUGGGCUUUUUUCGUGCACUAUAAAUGGAGAAGAAAGAGAUCAGACCCACAGAGCAGUCUUCAGGUUCAUCCCACGACAUGCUGAUGAGCUGGAGUUAGAUGUUGAUGAUCCGUUAUUCGUUGAGGAAGAGGAGGAUGAUUACUGGUACCGUGGGUACAACAUGCGCACAGGGGCCAGGGGGAUUUUCCCAGCGUACUACGCCCACGAGGUUGUUGGGCAAACAAAAGACCUGAUGACAAUGAAGAGGAACCCUGCUUGGAUGGAAAGUUUCCGAGUGCAGUUCCUGGGUUCGGUGGAAGUUCCUUAUCACCAGGGCAAUGGCAUCCUGUGCGCCGCCAUGCAGAAGAUUGCCAUGGCAAGGAAGAGGACGGUGCAUCUUCAUCCCCCUUCUAUUUGUGAGCUGGAAAUAAGCCUGCAGGGUGUGAAACUAGUCAUGAGUUUGGAUGAUGAAUACGACCUUUCAGGGGAGUUCGACAGAUGUAGUCACUUCUUCCAAAUGAAAAACAUCUCAUUUUGUGGAUGUCAUCCUAAAAACAACUGUUAUUUUGGUUUCAUCACCAAACACCCGAUGUUGAACAGGUUUGCGUGUCAUGUUUUCGUCUCUCAGGACUCCAUGAGACAUGUAGCUGAGUGCGUGGGACGGGCCUUCCAGGAGUACUAUCAAGAGCACUUAGAAUACGCCUGUCCUACCGAAGACAUCUACCUAGAGUAAAAGAGGAAAAAAAGUCACCGCUGUCCCUCACGACAGAUGUCUGUUCCUGGGCUCGAGACGCCUUCUCUAAUGUAACAUAGGCUUCAUCUCUUUAUUCUCUCCCUCAGUUUCUCUCGUUCCCUCGUCAUGAACUGAGCUCAAAUCCUCUGCAUAGGCUCUUAGUGGUCUGUCUGUUCAUUUCCACAUCUAUCCAUUCAGUUUCUUCUCUUCAUUGAGACGGAUUGCUUGUUUAUUUGACUUUUCUACUAUAUAAUUAGGGACAUGGUUUCAGGGGUGGAUACAUCUGUUCCUUUUUUUCCUUUUUUAUAAUAUAGUCCUGGUUUAGAAAUGGAAAACUUCACACGUUUGAAUGCAUGGCUUUGAGGGUUAUGCUCACAAACACACACACAAACAUACGACAAAUGUUUAAAAGCGAAAGGCGAUCACAGGUUUGAAUCCGAAGACCAGGAUUGUUUGUAAAUAUGUAUUUGUCCGAUUCUGAUACAUUGCUGUACUGGGUUUGUACUUUGAAAAAACAAACAAACAAAAAAGGACAAGGCAGUAGGACGUGACCUGGAGUCGUCAAUAGGUCUACAGAUUGUCUGUUCCAAUGUAGUAGAAGAUUUAAUGUACGUUUCUGAUUUUACCGCGGUGUAAAUACUGUACAAUUAGGGACGGUUGUAGGUGAAUACAGAUGCUUCGUUACAUCACGGUAUGCAAGUAUCCUGCUCCAUCUGUCUGCGAUUGAAGCGUGGGACUGAUUGCAGGUUGGCAGGCUGGGGGAAUGUGGAUCUGGCGGUGGUUCGAUAUCUAUUUUUUUGUGGUAGGAUAUAAAGCAACAAAAUUUAUUGCGAUAAAUGAUAUUAUUGCUUACCUGCCAACAUCUCUCCCUGAAAAUCCAGGAGACCUUAGGUUAGGUUCGGGGGUGAGGUGUCUGAAUAACACUGUUAAGAACCAGGUACUGUGUAUUGUGGUGUUAGUUACUACUAUGAAGCGUGUUUCGGGCUGCCGCUGCAAUCGGAUCCUAUACUAAUGUUGGCACCCCGGGGUUUCACAGACCGUACCAA